AUGUCUCAAAAGAGCGGCUGCGAAGAAGGCCUUUAUGACGAGAAGUUGCAAGAACUAAAGUUAAAAAGACCACAUUCGUUUUUUGCAAACUAUUUCACACGCAAAGUUCGAGCCUCGACUCUGUGUACUUCGUUAGCUUCCGGGCAUACUCGACUUUAUGUUGUGUUAAAUGCUAUGUGCUUCUUGAUCCCUUUUGUACGAUGUUCCUGACUAUUGUUUUUGACUUUCCGAUGAUCUUUUCUCAGAAGAGCCAUCCAGAUACCAAAAGUUGAAGUUCUCACAUAAGUAUCGAUUGCCACAAGUCAGGUCCAUUGAGAAGCGGCGAAAAGACUGGUUUCAACUCCUCCUCCUGUGCAAACCGGAGAGUCACCUGCAAAGAAGCCCCGUUUGGCACAUGAUUUUGGUCCAGAUCCGCAAACAAAAUAAACAUACAACUCGCUGUUAAAAAAGAAAGACUUGGAAAAGGUCUCGCAGACGCCUUCACAAUUCAAAAGAUCGAACACAAAGAUGUUGUUAAGCUCUUUAAAAGACAGCUCAUCAAUCUCAAGAGAUUCGCCGAGUUUACUGACGUGAAGUUGUUGAUCACG